UGUUACAGUCGGAAAUAGCAUGUUGGUAGUGUUGGCUUAGUGCAUUUUUAUUAGGCUUAACGGUUUAACCCCGUCUCUGAUAUCGAGACUGGGGAAAGUCGAGUAUUGCAUGGUUUCGUCAUGAAUAGUAAACAACACAUGUCUCUACAUCCUUCGAUUAACACUGGAACUGGAACAUGUUUCCCCGGUCGCUACUCACCAAAUUACAGAACAACAGAUCCUAUGAGAAGACACUGCAUGGGUAACCCAACGAGCAAUCUAUUUGCUGGACUGGAUGAUGGAUUAAUGGGUCGUGCCGAUGGAUUGACUGCAGUUGACAUAACCAAACAUUCACCUCCAAGUGGGCCAAGUUUGCAUCUUAAACAUGAUAUGAUGUAUCCGCAUCAUCCCGGGGUAGGUACGGGCCAUGGAAAUCCUAACGCUCGUCCACAUCAUACACAAAUGGGCCAUCCUGGAAUGGAUACAAUGGACUUGUUGGAUCCUAUCUGUCCGUCGUCACUACCACCUCUGGCAAUACCUUCCGAAUCGAAUUCGGUGAGUUCUCAUUCUCAUGGUCAACUUCACGCUCCUAUCUAUUCUCAUAGUAUGAAUAGUAUGAUGGGGUCACAUCACUCAUUAACUACGCAUCAUCCAGUUACCAUGCACGAUGCCGAUACGGAUCCACGCGAACUCGAAGCGUUUGCUGAGAGGUUUAAGCAACGAAGGAUCAAAUUAGGGGUGACACAAGCGGAUGUGGGUAAAGCCCUAGCUAAUCUGAAGCUUCCAGGAGUCGGUUCGUUAUCACAGAGCACUAUCUGUAGGUUCGAAUCUCUUACUCUCUCCCAUAACAACAUGGUAGCAUUAAAGCCUAUAUUACAAGCGUGGCUGGAAGCUGCGGAAUCGCAGGCCAGAAACAAGAGAAGAGAUCCGGAUGCACCAUGCGUAUUGCCUACAGGAGAAAAAAAACGAAAGAGGACAUCCAUUGCCGGACCCGAAAAAAGGUCACUCGAAGCUUAUUUUGCUGUACAACCGCGGCCGUCGGGAGAGAAGAUCGCCGCCAUUGCUGAGAAACUUGACUUAAAGAAGAAUGUGGUGAGAGUUUGGUUUUGUAAUCAGAGACAGAAGCAGAAACGGAUGAAGUAUUCUGCACAACAACAUUAACAGUGACUGUGCACGGUUGUGUAUGUAUAUAUACAGCAUGGGGACUAUCAUAACCAUUCACACCCAUCCCGAAUGAAUUGAAGAUAAAUUAAGAAGAGCAAAAACAAUUGUAGUUUUUAGAAAAAAAAAUCCACAGUUUAUGGGUUAAGAAGAAAAAAACCAAUUAAUAAUGUUA